AAGAGUCGACGAUUAGGCUGAAACCCUGGUGAAGGUUCUCAGCCCGAAAUGUUGACUUUUCCUUUAUUCCUUUGCAUAGAUGCUGCCUGACCUGCUAAUUUGCUCCAGUAUUUUGUACGUGUUACUCUAGAUUUCCAGGAUUUGCAGAAUCUUGUGCUUAGAUUUUUCAGACAUCAUGUGCUGUUCAUAACAAAAUGACUAAGUGUUGUGUUGUGUACGAGUGGAGGAGCAUCAAGCUGUUGACAUUGACCUGUAUCACUGUCCAAAAUGUGCCGUAUUGCAUGGGGCCUCUCUGAUGAAAACACGGAAGAACUGGCACCGACAUGACUACACAGAGUCCACGGAUUCAGUUAAACAGAUCCAGGCAGGUACACCGGUUUUCAUCAGGCAUCUCCGAGCCCGACACUUCCCCAGUGCCUCUGAAACUGUCAUCAAAAUGCAUGGUGCCCAGCUGACACAAAACUACCUGGAGAAGCACGGGUUUGAAUGUCCCAUAUUGGUGCCCAAGAUAGAUGGACUUGGAAUCGCUCUUCCUUCAAGCACCUUUUCUGUCAGGGACGUGCAAGAAUAUGUGGGUGGUGAGAAAGUGAUCGAUGUGAUUGAUGUGGCCCGGCAAGCUGAUUGUAAGAUGAAAUUGCAAGACUUUGUAGAAUAUUUCACUGCUAUCCAUCGUACCAAAGUAUUAAAUGUUAUUAGCCUGGAAUUUUCUGAUACAAAGAUGUCAGAUUUGGUGAGGGUUCCCGAUAUUGUUCAGAAGCUUUCGUGGGUGGAGAAUUACUGGCCUGAAGAUUCCAUCUUUCCUAAGCCCUGCGUUCAGAAAUACUGCCUGAUGGGAAUGGAGGAUAGUUAUACCGACUUCCACAUCGACUUUGGGGGCACCUCUGUGUGGUACCAUGUACUGUGGGGUGAAAAACACUUCUACUUGAUAAGGCCUACCAAUGCCAAUCUUGCACUUUAUGAAAGUUGGAGCAGUUCUGUCAACCAGAGUGAGACUUUCUUUGGAGACCAAGUGGACCGAUGCUACAAAUGUGUACUGCAACAGGGGCAGACACUUCUCAUUCCCACAGGCUGGAUCCACGCUGUCCUAACAUCCAAGGAUUGUAUGGCUUUCGGUGGAAACUUUCUGCAUAACCUCAACAUUGGAACACAACUCAGGAUAUAUGAGAUGGAGAAGCGAUUAAAGACUCCAGAGCUUUUCAAGUUUCCGUACUUUGAGGCGAUGUGUUGGUAUGUGGCAAAUAGCCUUCGAGAAACUCUAAAAGAAAUGAGGGAAGACGGCUGCCAGCCACAAGAGUACCUAGUGCAAGGAGUCAAGUCGCUCAUCCCUUCACUUAAAUGCUGGAUUCAGAAGGAGGGAUUUAUUGGCCGCACUUCUGAGCUUCCUGAUCAAAUCAGACCAGGGCAUCUUAUUAAGGAACUCAGCAAGGAAGUUCGCCUUGUGGAGGAGAUGAACAUGGGAAAUAAACCCGUGAAAUCUCAGGGAACGGCGCCUGCAGCGCCGGUCGCACGCAUCCCUCAGGACAAGAGUUCCUCCUUCAGUGUUAGCCCUAGUAAGAGGAAAUACAGGAGACUGAGAGAUCCUUCAAACAAGACACACUCAAACCUGGAUAUUCUGGAGCUUUACACCCGUCAGGUACUGAAGAAGAUGGAAAUGGCUCAGUGGAAUGAGGAUAAUAUGUCUGGCUCCACACUGAGAGUCAAAAUCAAUGGUUCUUCGCCACCAUCUUCAACUUCAGCUGAGAAGGUCCGCAGUGAGAAUAACUUGCCGCUGGUGCUAUCAAGAGGAAGGAUCAUCAGUCAUGACAGGAGCAGAGUGAUGGAGCCUGAACAAUGCAGUACAAGCAGUGAAGAUGAAGAGGACGAACAAUCAGAUGAGCAGGGCAGUGUGCUCCAUGAAUCAGAGAACUUGGAGUGGGAGGAUGAGAAACCACAAACGCCACUCAACAAGUUCUUUGAAGAAGUGAAAAUUGAAAUUGAGGAUGGGAUGUCCGAGUCAUCUGAGCAUUAUACCUCUGAUGUGAAAGAAGAAUGCAGCAUACAGAGAGUGAGCUCUUGGCAUGAAGACUUUCACCAGUCAGGUGAUAGCAAGAAAAAUAGCCUGGCAAACAAUUCCGUGACUGAGAAGUCCCACCAAGUUCCAGAUAAGCCUAGAACAAGCCUGAAGCGUUGCAAGAAGGACAACAUGCUUGAGAGGGUACAGCCACCAUCUCCAGGCACUACCGAGGCCAUACAGGGCAUGCUGUCAAUGGCAGUCCUGCAGUACUCAGACCUUCGCAGCAGCCCAAGAAAGAAUAGGGACAGCCUGGAUAAAAGGAACCUUUCCAAGUCACAUCAAGGCAUAAGAACUAAUAGGAGGGAGAAAGGCGCACUGAGCCCAUGUUCCAGGGCAUCAGACUGUGCUGGGUCAGUGAAGCAGGAAGCCGCUGAGUGCAGCACUGUGUUGCCAACUGCUGAACGGAGGGGCACAAUGGGGGCAUCGGCCAGACUAUCUGAAGCGGUAUUGAAGAAUGAGCCAAAACAUCUCAGAAAAGAAUGCUCUUUAUUGGUGAGACAAAACAUCCAGGAGAACAAGAUGUUAGUGGAACAAAUGGUAGACAGCGAAGGUCAGAUUGCCUCUGACUCAUUGACUGCAGUGUACAGGUCAACCGCUGACUGUGACCUGCGAACAAGUCCCGUUCACAACAGUGACAGUCCGGAUCGGACCCACCCUGGAAUAUCAACGUCACCACCUCUGCAUCCAUCUAGCAAACGGACCAUUCCCAAUCCACCGCCUGUGAGCAACCAGGCAACAAAAGGAAAGCGUCCAAAGAAAGGGAUGGCAACUGCAAAGCAGCGACUGGGAAAGAUUCUGAAGCUGAACCGAAGUGGCCGCCUCUUCCUUUAGAAAUAAGACUUUCCAGACUAACUUUGGGCCAAAAAGGGUGAUGGUGCUGCAGCAUGGAUGGCCCUACCUCAUGACCCUUGGAUAUGCACUGUCGAAGCAAUAAUGGCAAAAGUCAGAGCUGGGGAGAGAAAGGACUGACGUGGGGAAGCUCUGAAACUUGUUCAGGGUUAGCAAACAUUUUUAAAGGAUGGUAUUCUGCUUUUUCUGAAGAUACUUUCUGUUGUAAUUUAUCUUCCAAAUUAUUUGAUGCAUUUUAAUUUAACAGCAUUGUUUUUUUAAAAAAAGAGAAAACUAUUUAUUGAGGAAUUGAUUCAUUUCAACAAAAUAAUUUAGAUAUAAAAUAUUGAACCAUAUUUCCAACUGAGAGAUCCUUGCC